CAGGUAGCUUUCCUAGGCUUCUCCCAAGGGUCAAUGCUGGCCGCACUUCUGGCACUGGAAUUGCCAAAGCCCUGCGCAGGCUUGGUCGUUCUCAAUGGUGGAAUGCCAUGGGACCUGGAGGUGACUGAUGCGCUUGGCAAUACGCGGAUCCUUUUCGUUUCAGGUGGAUGCGACAGGACUGUCACAGUGGAGACGACUCGGAUGGCAAAGGAGAGGCUCCUUGAACUUGGAGCGCAGCAUUUGGAAUACCUGGAGAUUCCCGACCUCAAGCAUGAGAUCUCCUCAGAGGUGAUAUGCUUGGCCGCCGACUUCUUCUCCCAAGUUCUUACAUACAGGGUUGAAAUUGAAGGCUGCAUACAAAUUCCCAAGGGCACGAAGGUGAUUCUACGCUCAGCAUUUGAAGAUUGCCUAGCAUGGUCAGAUGCCAACACUGCAACAGUCGAAAGCUUCGUCUGCAGCGACGAGAAGUAUUGGAUAAGGAAGCUUGGCGAAGAAUGCCAGCUUCUGGAUGCAAAAGGCUUCACUCAACAACUUCCAGUGCAGUUGGGAGGUUCUCAUGCCUGGGUCGCGGGUAGCUCCAUAGCCGCUGAUGGAGGUCUUGAGUGGCUGUUGCUGGCUCAGCAAGAUGCUGUUGAAGUCAAGCGUUUGGCUCCACACAGGGUGCAACUGCCACUGGGCUCCGUGCUUCGCCUGGGUGGACUGAAGAGCUGUGCCCAGCGCCUCCGCGGUUUAGAAGGUCGCCGGGCGCGCUUGCGACAGGUCCUGCCCGAUGGCCGAUAUGCAGUCGAAGUGGAGGGAGAAGAGGCGUUGGUCCGACUUCAUCCACGACAUUUAGUGCCGUGAAGCAGCUGCAGCAUGCUGC